AUGGUCUCGACUUUGACUCGUGUCUUUGACCCAGAGUCUUCUGGUGGUCAAAGUACCGGAUUGAAGUUGGCCUCCGAAGACAUGGGCGCCGCAGGAGAUGGUCUUCUCGAGAGAGAACGGAACCCACCGCCAAAGCCUAUUCCUCUAGAGUUCCCCAACUACGUCCCUCCACGCUGUAACAGUCCAUUGACUCGGCAACAUAUCAAGAAUGUCUGUAGAGAACUGGCAUCGAUUCGCAAACUAUCCGACAUCCGUGAUUCUCACCUCGCCCAUCUCAACAUCCAAAUGCUCCAAGAUGUGCCACUUCCAGAACUGGUGUCCGACAAGCAAUUCGAGUCCCGUCCACUGCUGUACGACAGUGAUCUAACAGCGAUGCUGGAGGAACUUGAAGUCGGUAAUGAAGAUGCAUAUCGAGAAGUGCUCAGACUCGCACCUCUUGAAGGGAGGAAGAAGCCCCGUCUGGCAUACUCAAGAAACUUUUUUGCUAGUUUGGAGGAUAUGAGUCGGUACUGGGACUAUAGCAAAGACAACUAUUACGAAGUCGAAUCUAAUGUCACAGAAGAUCCGGCCAAGGACACCAAUCGCAAGACUGACAAUGUCGAGAAGGAUGUCAAGAACGCAGCUGAUGUUGAGAUGCGAGACUCUGUCGAGAACUCCGAAAAUUCCGCACAAGACCUUGAGCAAACGGCAAAUUCCAACCAAUCCCCCGAUAGUUCGGCACCUAUGGCCCCGAUCGAGAUGCCCAGCCACCCAAAGAUGAAGCAGGUAUACAAGGGACAGCGGCUGGGGAACGGCGAGCAGAUGAGUCCAGGGACCCGGGUUUCAGCAAUCAGGAACCUUCUGAAAAUGGCCGUCCACAAGUUUAACUGCCGAGAUUACGACGUGAGUCCGCGAGAGAAGUUGAGAGUUUACAACAUCAAUAUCCCCUCCGUGUCCUAUAAUUUUUGUGUUGCAAAACUACCGGCGGACACGAAGUUGGUAAGGGCGAGGAUGGUGGAAGGGCCGUUGAUGGCAGUUCACUGCAGGCCCGAGGUAAGAUUCAAGUCGAGGGACGGGCUCCUGAGUCCGACGAGUGAUUUUGUCGGCGAAAGGUUUGAUCUGUUUCGCGAAAUCGGCGGUAUGUUGAUGCUCGCAAAGCAAAGAGCAAGAGACGGGCAGACGUUAUCCAAAGAACCGAGCGAGUAUCAAUGGUGGGCCAUCAAGAGUCGUUGGGGUGGCGGCGAGAUGAGAUGGGGCCAGUUGGCCAGCGAAGUGUUUGAGGAUGAAGAUCCAAGCUGGAGUCCGGACGAAAGGCGAUUACAGCUUGAACGACGGGGACAAGAAGAAGAGGAACGCAGGAAAGCAGAGGCCGCCACCGCAGCCGACUUGAAGAAUCUCCAACCAGAAGACCUAAUGUCUGGCCCGUCUUCACCUGGCGAGAGACCAAAGAAGAAGAAGAAAAGUGGCGAAGCGGGCGGCUCGCCGAAAGACAAAGCCGAGUAUAAGGACGGGAGACGACUGAUGUAUGUCCCGCCCGUGCGGCGGAAGUGGUACCAAGAGUGGUUGAAAAUCCGCCCAAAUGGACCUUACUGGGACGAAAAGCUGAUCCAUCGGAGAAUUGGCAAGCGAAGGCAAGAUGAAGGAUCACCUGGCUGGGACGACAUUUUUAUGAUAUCGGCUGCAAACCACCACGUGUGCAUUUUGAAGAUGAGUGUGCACGAGAGUUAUUUGGACUGGCUAGAGACUGGCGGGGAUGCGAGAUCACGGCCUCAGACCCAGGAGACUGCAGGCACAGCAGACAUGGAUCAACGGCAAGAAAACAUCCUCUACGUCAGUAGGAGUCCGUGGCUGGAUCUGUUUGACAUCGAGCAAAGAAAGGAAUUGCUUGUCGGUAUAUGGAGAAUCCUGAGCUGGAUCAACCGACACGAGGUGCCACAAGGAGAGGUUGAGAAGAUGGAAAUCCUGAGGGGGUCGCAGCAACAACAGCAACAGGAGCACGAUGAAAGCGGCGACCACCAAAUGGAGGUCUAA